CGUUGGAUUGCUGGGCGGCGACGGAGUCGAUGUCGGGAGGCCAAGAAGGCGGCGAGGACUCAGAUCACAUCAUGGACCUAGGUGAAGAUCAGAAUUCCUUUAAAACCAAAAGGUCAAGAGCCACAAAUUGGCCCUCAGUAAUGUCAAAGUUUCUACUUAAUUGGUACCUUGAGAAAAAGAAGGCGAUGCCACCUAAGACCAAAUUCAAGAAGACACACCACCAUUAUUGCCAAGCUGCACUAAAUGCUAGAUUUGAGUCUGCUUACACUGUUGAUCAGGUCCAUCGCCAUUUGAGGCGUUUCAAGGAGGUUUGGAAUACUGUGGCGCGUUAUAUGAACGAGAACGGGAGCAGGUUUGACAAGAAAAACAAAAUGUUAAUACUACCUUCUGCAACCAUGGCUGCUCUACCUUUAGCAGAACGUGCUAUUCUCGUUAAACCUAUUCCAUUCUUCGACCAUUUGCAAGCUCUCUUCAGCGAUUGCCCAGUUGAUGGUGCCUCUAUGACAGACCUGCUGACAGAUGCUGACUUAAAUGAUGAUCAGAUGGAAACCCAGGAUCCGUUGAACAUGAUGGUUGUUCAUGCAAACACAGGGGACCCACACGAGGCAGGCUUGGACAAAGUUGUUUUGGGGGGUGAAGAUGAGUGUCAUGAGGUUGCAGUUAUUAGCGCUGUUGGUACAGUACCAUGUGAAGUUAUGUCAGGCACUAGUGCACCAUCUGCUGAACCAUCAGGAUCUGCUGAGAGCACAAUAGCUGCUCUCAAACCCAGCUUGAAGCAGUGCAAGAUAGUCAGCAAAGCAAAAGCAAAUCCAAAGCCACAGGCUGUUGCGCUACAUGAUAGCAGGAAACCAGACGCGUUCAACAGGAACUUAAUGGGGAUCCAUGACAGACUCGCUAAACCAACACGGACAGCACCACCACUGUCAGACCCAAAUGCUCCUCUGUGGAACAUGCUAAAGGAAAUUCCGUUGACACCUGCUGAUAGGCUGUCAGUAGGGAUUUAUCUUUGUAAGCCAGAGUUUGAAGUGCAUCGAAGUUUUUUCAUGAGUAUGGGUAAGGAGUACCUAGAGGCAUGGGCCCACAAGUUCUUGAGUGGAGGGGAGCCUGGAGCCUUGUAGUUUGAUUGCUUAAUCAUGGCUCAUUGCUUUAAAUUCAGCCCAUGCUGUCCGUGGAUGAAUUGUUCUUCAGACUUCAGAGGGCCUUGUUUGUGCUGCUACAUAUUGGUGCACCUCUUGUGCUAUAAGCAUUGGUAAAUAUGAUUAGUCUUUUCGCGGGAACACUAUUAGUUAGUUAUCAUGUAACUUGCCUUAACACCUUACCCGAUGGUCCAGUGUAGUUUGCGGACAAUUUGUGAGCAUCUUAUGCUCAUGGCUUAUUCUAUGUAUGAUCAGAUGUCCCAAGAUUACAAAUGUCAACUGAAAUGAUGGUAUGUUAUGUGUGGUUUGUUUUCUGAAGGUGUGAA